AUGCCCCCAAAAAUCCUCGUAGUCCUAACAUCCCACGACGAAAUCCCCGGCGUCGGUCCAACAGGCUGGUACCUACCCGAACUAGCUCAUCCCUACGAAAAACUACACAAAAAAACAACCAUAACAGUCGCCUCUCCAAAAGGCGGAAAAGCACCCCUAGAUCCGGGCUCAGUGAAGAUGUUCUCCGAAGAUCCCGUCUGCAAGGACUUUCUAUCGAAAGAAUUUAUUUGGAGUGAUACGAAGAAACUUUCAGAUAUGAAUGAGAAGGAUUUCGAUGCUAUCUUUUAUGUUGGGGGUCAUGGUCCAAUGUUCGACCUAACCAAAAACCCAACCUCAAUAUCUCUGAUAGAAUCCUUCGCCUCCAAAAAGAAGCUCAUAUCAGCAGUCUGCCACGCACCAUGCGUAUUCCUAUAUACACAAGACAACACCGGGGUCCCACUCAUUUCCGGAAAAGAAGUAACAGGCUUUUCAAAUGCAGAAGAAGAUGCCGUGGGAUUAUCAGCUGCGAUGCCUUUUAUGUUGGAGGAUGAACUUGGAAGAGUCUCGGGAGGAAACUAUGUCAAGGCAGCUGAGGAUUGGGGGGUUAAGGUUGUUAGGGAGAAGAGUUCAUAUGGGGGUUGGAUUGUUAUGGGGCAGAAUCCGGGGAGUGCGGGGGCUACUGCGGAGGAGAUAUUGAAAGUUCUGGGGGCUUAG